CCUCGACCUGUCAGCCUUGCCUUGCGCGCUGAGGUCGAAGCGCAACGUGCUGGAGUGGAUUUUGCCGCCUUGGUCGAGCUGGCGCAGUCGCCCAGCCUAUCGCAAUGGAAGCGGCUCCAGCACUCCUCGACGUUUACGAUGCUCAAGCGUGAGGAUGAGGUGCUGGUCGUUGCUCACCUGGAUGCAAGUGUUGAGGAGGUGGGCGUUAUACUGGGAACCACCACGGAAUCGCUACACAACGCCGCUAUGAAGGGAUUGUAUGGGAAUGCAUUCAUCGCCGGCUCCGUGCCUCACAUCCAACAGUCUCAGAGCUCGCAUUUGGCUGUGAAGACGUCCAACUUCGCUCGCACCGACAUUCUGGGCAAGAAUGAGCAGUGGUGCUUCGCUGAACUGCUGCAAUGGAGGCUUAACUCCAACUCCAAGAGCUUGACCAUUAUCCAGAAGUCAUUAUCCGCCCAACAAGCACGAUCUCUUCCAGAACUCGUCGAUCGCAAAGGUGUCGCUCAACUACGUGACGUGACUGCUGCGUACCAAGUCGAGCGAAUACCAGGAAGUCGGAACCUGCGCGUCAUCUUCCACGCAUGUUAUCACUGCAACACGGAGAGCGUCAAGCGCACUCGAGUUGUAGCCCGUAAAGCCACCCAGGCCCGCUUACUUCGUCUCGCUCGUGGUAUCUCCCAGCUUUUGCAUGUUGUCCGUUCACGUCGAUUUGGACUGCAAGAACCCGCAGAUCAUUCAGCCAUCGACGUGCGUAAUACUCGCUGUACGUGCUGCACUCGAAGGCUGAAUCGCUUCGUCCAGCUCAUUCCACAGAGUAAAUGCUACCUGUGUGGCUACCGCGUGUGCUUGUCGUGCUUAUCCUCGGAAAAGAUCGCGACUCAUAAUGGUCGGAUGGCCGCCAUUUCGACCUGUGCUCGCUGUGUGGAGAGUGUUGUGGCCUGCAACUACGACAAUAUGCUUACCGUGCAGCCUGGACCGGAAAGAGUUCUCCCCGAUCCAGCCUCGACGGAAAAACUAGCCAAAAGUACCAUCUUGCGACAGGAUUUCUUCAAGACUGGGGACUCCACGGCCUCCACGGCAAAACUUGCCGAGUUGUUAGGCCAAAUCGUGGGGAACGAGCCAAUCGAUGCCGCAUCAAACCGUCGAGCUGCAGCGCUUAAAGUGCUGAACCAACUUUUAACCACCGACCAAGAGGAGACUGGCGCCGAGAAUGGGGGCUGGAUGAUGGCUGCACAUCAAGCACUCGACGUAUCUGCGUGUCCAGAGAAUCCGAAUGAGUGCAAACUUGCGAGUGCCGAGAGUCGUCCGUACCCGAUGGUACCUGCAGUGAUUCCGAGCAACAUCGACUCGAGCGACCCACCCGAGUCGAUUGUUUAUCCCGUCCCGGUGAACGAAGACGCCCGCUUGGCUGCUAUCGAGCUCUUCAAGCUUCACGAAGUCCUCAACGUCCCCGAAUUGAACGCCAUCUGCACCCUUGCAGCCGCCGAAAUGAGCUGUCCACACAGUGUCAUCACCCUCAUAGAGCGCGAAAUCGUGACGCUCCUUGCGACCAAUGACCCCGAAAAUUGGGACGUUGGUAGUGGCAAUCCACGCGAACAAACGUUCUGCCAGCACUUCGUCAUGGACGACCAGCCACUGCUCGUGCGCCACGCCGAGGCAGACAUGAGAUUCUACCACACCGCACCCGUGACCAUGCGAAGCUUGCGCUUCUACGCAGGAUUUCCAGUGUCCGUUAGCUCUGUGAUGAAGUCGGGAAGACCAGGUGAACCUGACAAGGUCGUCGUUGGAGCGUUGUGCUGCCUCGAUGCUAAGCCGCACCAAAUCACGAGGUCGCAGUACUGGCGGAUGAUGAAGCUCGCAGAAGCAGCUUCGUGUAUUCUCGAGCGGAAUGCC